GUCCCAUUAAAACUCUGUGUCAUGUUGCCCUUCUGAGUUUCGGUUUCCAUUUCUUUUCUUUGUACCAACAGAACUAAAGUGAUUAAUUUCAUGGUGGUUCUAAGCUUUCAAACUGUCCAAUUUACAACACCCAAACACUUAUCGUUAUGUAAACCGAGUGUUUCUGGUUGCUCCGUACGAUGUGGUAUUGCAGAACCAUCGGGAGAGCCGGCUCCAAUGGGGCAAAAGACCAAGUACAACGAUGGGUUUUUCGAGAGGGGAUUCAUGACUCUGUUUGCUCGGAAAAUGAUGAAGUUUGCAGCUCCCGCGAAACCGAGAACUGAGACGAAGGAGAAGGCGUGGUGGGAAUAUGACUACGAGAGCUUUGUGGAUGUGUCCAAGAGAGUGAUGCAGGGGAGGUCUCGGAGUCAGCAGCAGAAGGUGGUUCGAGAAGUGCUUUUGUCUAUGCUGCCCCCAGGUGCGCCAGAGCAGUUUAAGAAACUAUUUCCACCAACAAAAUGGGCAGCUGAGUUCAAUGCUGCGUUGACUGUGCCUUUCUUCCACUGGUUGGUUGGGCCUUCUGAGGUUGUAGAAGUUGAGAUAGAUGGGGUGAAGCAAAGAAGUGGAGUUCACAUAAAGAAAUGCAGGUACCUGGAGAACAGCGGGUGUGUUGGAAUGUGUGUGAAUAUGUGCAAGUUUCCUACACAAGAUUUCUUCACCAAUGAAUUCGGACUUCCCUUAACCAUGAUUCCAAAUUUCGAAGAUAUGAGCUGUGAAAUGGUGUAUGGCCAAGUUCCACCACCAUUUGAAGAGGAUCCAGUCUCUAAACAACCAUGUUUUACUGAGAUAUCAAUUCGUUUAUCUGCAGGUUCCAUUGCAAAUCCCAGCUCCAGUGUUUGUCCAAAACUACAAAAUUGAAAGAUGUAUGCUACUACUUUGUUCAUUACCAUACCCAUGUAGUUCGAGAAACAUGCUUUGGUUCAAGUACUAUGUCACGGCCAUGCUACAGUUCAACGGCAGCACAUAUCCUUUACGCACGUUGAACCUGGCGAUUUGUGGAAGUUACAGUAUGUUUAUUACGAUGAAAAUUCUAUCUCAUUACAAAAGGGAAUUUGUUUGUAAAUUUGAGAGGAUGAUAUAUCACUCGUUAUAAGGCUCUAGGCAGUGGCGAAUCUAAUGAAAGGGCCAGGGGGCACGUGCCCCUCUCUACCUUC